AUGGUUGUUCAAGUUAAGCUACUAUGUUUCUAUUUCUUUCCAACUGAUCCUAUUUUAUUUGCUUGGAGAAUUAGUGUUGACUCUAACGCAUCUUUCGAAUAUGCAGAGGCUGCUAUAUUGAAGUCAAAGAAGUUUUAUGGACCUAUAAGUGCUUCCCAGACUAACUUUUGCUUUCCCAAGUUGCAUAUUUUUGAUCUUUCUCAUAACGAAUUCAGUAGCUCUCUGGCUGCAAAAGUUUUUGUAAACUUCAGAGCAAUGACCAGAUUACGUGGCGCAAACAAAGGUGAAUCACACAUAUGGAAUAUCUUAUCUUUUUUUGACAUAGUAUAUGAGGAUUUUGUGAGGUUGGUGAUCAAAGGCCAGGAUAUUGAGCUUGAAAGAAUCACCAAAUUUAUGACAGCCAUUGAUCUCUAUAGCAACCAUUUUGACGGGAAAUUGAAUAUGCUUGAAGUGCUAGAUCUCUCUUGGAAUUGGCUCACUGGAAAGGUACAGCAAGAACUGGCAGUCUUAAACCUCUCCCAAAAUCUUCUUGUUGGACACAUUCCUCGAGGUCCACCAUUCAACACAUUUGAAAAUGACUCGUAUGGUGGAAACCUUGAUUAA